UCUGAAUAAGGGACCAUGGGCUUUUCAACGACGUCACUGCUGCUUGUCGUCAAUGUUGCAAUCCUCGCUAUCUUCGUCGGUGUCUCCGUCUUUCCUGUUGACGACAAAGGAAUUCUUUCUCCCGAACUGAGAACGACUUAUGACUAUAUCAUAGUUGGGGCAGGGUCCGCAGGGGCUGUUCUUGCGUCCCGUCUGUCCGAGGAUGGUCACGUGACCGUCCUGCUGAUCGAGGCUGGCGGUGAUGACCGGAACCAGAAGACGCUGGAUACUCCUCUGAUGGUAGCCUUAAACCAGAUGGACAAAUUUGACUGGGCCUUUUUGACCGAACCUCAGCAACAUGCACAUUCAGGACUAAUAGAAAAGAGGGGAGCAUGGCCACGUGGUAGAGUCUUGGGAGGAACCAGCCUGUUAAACUAUAUGCAGUAUGUCAGAGGGCAUCGCCAUGACUACGACAGCUGGGCAGCCAGUGGCAGUGAGGGGUGGAGUUACGAAGAUGUUCUCCCGUACUUUAAAAAAUCGGAAGACAUACAAAUUGAUAGAUUAAAAAAUUCAGAAUACCAUGGCCGGGGAGGUCCACUGACUGUGACGGAAAUGAACGCAAUACCCGCCGCUGACUACUUCGUCAAGGCGGGAAUGGAACUCGGGUUCAAGGAAAUAGACUACAACGGAGAACACCAGGAAGGAUUUAGUAGAUCUCAGGUUUCGAUUGGGAACGGGGAACGUAUGAGCACAUCCAAGGCGUUCCUGUGGCCAGUGAUAGACAGACCCAACCUGCACGUCGACGUCCUGGCCAACAGUCACGUCACGAAGGUAACGAUAAACAAGAAGACGGCAGUUGGUGUCGAGUAUGUCAAAGAUGGCCGCCUGUACAGAGUUCGUGCUUCAAGGGAGGUAAUCUUGUCAGCUGGUGCAAUUGGAUCGGCACAGCUGCUGUUGCUGUCAGGGAUCGUGCCAAAGAAACACUUGGAGAAGAUGAAGAUUCCAGUUCAAGCUAGCCUCCCAGUUGGUGAAAGCUUACAGGAUCACAUGUUCCUCAACAUGGUGUCGAAACUUCAGAAGCCUAUUUCCCUCACGAAACAGAAAUUAGAGUCAACACUUGCUUUAAUCAAAUAUCGUGCAUUGAAAUCAGGUCUUUUAACAUCAAGCGGCGGUCUGGAAGCCAUGGCGUUUGUGAAGACGAAAUCCUAGGAACCUAGUCUAGACGUUCAGUUUCUUUUUAUCUGUGCUUCAAUGGACAAAAAGUCUGGCCCGUCUGCUUAACAUUGACCAAAAGAUAGUUGCUCAUUUCAACUGGACGUCUGUUGAAGAAGGUUUCACAAUCUUCCCAACUUUACUCCGUCCAAAGAGCAUGGGGACAAUCCGCCUGAGA